GUGAGCCCCAAAGGUGUUGCAGUAGGCGUUGAACAUAUUGAUGAGUUAACUGAAUUUGCAUUGGAAAAUGCUAGAAGUUGGAUAAAUCAUAGUAAAGAAGCUCAAUCAGCUGGCAUAAAAUUGGGAGAACAAUUAAAACUUGUAACUGGUGAUGGUCGUCAAGGUUGGCCAGAGGAUGCCCUUUAUAAUGCUAUUCAUGUUGGUGCUGCAGCUCUAACUAUUCCUGAUGCC